GAGUGCAGAAGAAGUCCCAAGAUGAAUGGAACAAAAUUCUGGACAAUUCUGGCCAUGGAAGAUGCCAUGGCCCUGGAGAAGAACCUGAGCCAAGCCUUUUUGAACCUGCCUGCCCUGGGUUCUGCUUGUGCAGACCUCCAUGCCUGUGACUUCCUAGAGCGUGGCUUCCUGGAGGAGCAACUGAAACUCAUCAAGCAGAUUACAACCACCUAA